UUAAUUCUUCAUCCCUAAAACCCAAGAAAAUCCUUUUUAUCACAAAUAAAAAAAAAAAAUAAAAUUCCUGUUUAGUUACAUAUUGGAAUGGAGAUGGGCUUAAGGAUAGGAUAUUCAUAUCACACUCAUUUUCGUUUCAAUUCCUCUCUUUUUCGUCGCCUUUCAAAUGUCCGUAUGAGCUGUGUUGCUGCAAUUGGUGAUGACCCAGAAAGUUUCUCCAAUGAUUCUGUUAUUUAUCAUGAUAAAGGUGUUGAAGGUAGAAGAAAGGGACCAGAGUGGAAGAAGUUUAGUUCAAAGGAGCUCGGGAUCUCGAAUUCCAUGAUUCCAGGGCCUACUCGUAAAGUUCUAAAUGGUCUUAAAAGAAGAGGAUUUGAUGUGUACCUUGUUGGUGGUUGUGUACGGGAUCUCGUAUUAAAACGCACUCCAAAAGACUUUGAUGUAUUAACUACAGCAGAAUUGAAAGAGGUGACGAAAGCUUUUCCUUCGGUUAACAUUGUUGGAAAACGGUUUCCUAUUUGCCAUGUGCACUUUGGUGAAUAUAUUGUAGAGGUUUCGAGCUUUAGCACUUCAGCAAGGUAUCCUAUAGAGGAGUCUGUUAUGGCCUUGCAACGACACGACGGAUGUGAUGAGAAGGAUCAUAGUCGUUGGAGGAAUUGCUUGGAGCGCGAUUUAACAAUAAACGGAUUGAUGUUUGAUCCUUAUGCAAAGACAGUUUACGACUAUGUAGGAGGAAUUGACGAUAUAAAACGAGCUAAAGUACGAACUAUCCAUCCUGCAAGCUUCUCAUUGGUGGAGGAUUGUGCUCGCAUACUGCGCGCCGUUAGAAUUGCUGCUCGUUUGGGGUUUGGCUUCUCAAGAGAGAUUGCUCAUACAAUUAAACACCUUGCACACUCGGUUCUACUGCUUGAUAAGGGGAGGCAUCUUAUGGAAAUGAAUUACAUGCUAGCAUAUGGUUCUGCAGAACCUUCAUUGAGGUUAUUAUGGAGAUUUGGUCUCUUAGAAUUGCUCUUACCAAUUCAGGCAGCAUAUUUUGUUCGUGAUGGUUUCAAGAGAAGAGAUAAGAAGAGCAAUAUGCUUUUGUCAUUGUUUUCAAACUUGGAUAAGCUUCUAGCACCAGAUCGACCAUGUCAUAGUAGUCUAUGGGUGGCAAUGUUGGCGUUUCAUAUGUCAUUUUUGGAUCGACCAAGGGAUCCUUUAGUGGUUGCUGUAUUUAGCCUUGCUGUCUAUAAUGGAGGAAAUAUGGAGGAAGCCAUUGAGAUAGCCAAAAAAAUUUCCAAACUGCAUGAUACAAACUACCACGAGCUAUCUGAGCCUCAGAGCUUGGAGGAGAAGGCACUGAAAAGGGAGGUUUUGGAGCUUGGGGUAUCAGUUAAGAGGGCACUAUCCAACAUGACUGAUACAUACUAUGUCUCGCGAGCAAUGAAAAGUUACCCCAAAGCACCUCGUUCUGAUUUAAUGUUUAUCCCUCUACACUUGUAUCUAAAGGCUGUCAAGAUAUUUGAAUGUGUGAAUCAAGGUAAGGAAGCUACAUUUGUGCCAAAGCAAGGUGGCAAGAUUGAUUAUGAGUUGCUAGCAAUGGGCAGUUUACAGGAAGUGCGUCAUGUUUUUGCUAGGAUCGUCUUUGAUACCGUAUAUCCUCUGGACCUUGGCUGAAGUUAGCUGGAGGGUAAUCCUCAGUCAUUGAACAUUUGUACAAAGGAAUGUUGUAGAUGAAAAGUCAAUGGAAAAUAAUCUUCCGAAAAUGGACUUCAGUCGAGGGUUUGGUCGUUAAGUUUGCUGCAUAUUGUUAGACUCUGCAAUUAUGUUGACCAAGUCUCGCCAAGCAGUAUUACUGUAAAGCCAUUAAUAAUGGAAAAAUUUAUAAAGCCA